AUGUCAAUAUAUAUGAAAUUGCAAGAAAAGAAGGGAACUCAAUUCAAAUAAAUUUCUUUAAGACACUCAUACAAAAAAUUAUUCAAUUUUCAAUAAGUACAAAAGAAAUAUAUGUAAAUUAUUGAAAGUGUGUGGUUAUUUAAGAAUCAAAAAACUUGA